AUGUGAUGUUAGGGCGCGAAGUAUAUAUAGUAGUAUGUAUAUUACAAAUCCAUAUAUAUCUUAGUACACUAAAUACGACUGCUGUGUUUCCUCUACACAAUCAUUUGCUUGUGUUGGUUAAAUCUAUGGAGCACGAGCAGAAUGAAGCAGCAGUGCAAGUGGCUCAUUCGAGCUCGGAGCUGGAAAAGGUGCUGUCAGACAUGGAUUUGGCAUGGUCGACGCGAUACAAGAAGGCCUCCUGGAUUGAGCUCAAACUCCUCUUCAAACUCGCCGCGCCCGCCGUCAUGAUGUACCUCAUCAACAACUCCAUGUCCAUGUCCACUCGCAUCUUCUCCGGCCACCUCGGCAACCUCGAGUUCGCCGCCGCCUGUCUCGGCAAUCAAGGCAUCCAACUAUUCGCCUACGGCCUCCUCCUCGGAAUGGGGAGCGCCGUGGAAACCCUCUGCGGGCAGGCGUACGGCGCAGGGCGGUACGAAAUGCUAGGCGUCUACCUGCAGCGCGCCACGGUGGUGCUGACGCUCUUCAGCCUCCCCAUCGUGGUGGUUUACCUGCUGUCGCGGCAGCUCCUGCUGGCGAUCGGCGAGGAGAAGCAGGUGGCGGAGCUGGCGUCGGUGUUCGUGUACGGGCUGAUCCCGCAGGUGUUCGCGUACGCUGUCAAUUUUCCGAUACAGAAGUUCCUGCAGGCGCAGAGCAUCGUGGGGCCGAGCGCGGCGAUUUCGGUGGCGACGCUGGCGGUGCAUCUAGGUCUGAGCUGGACGGCAGUGUACAGGAUAGGGAUGGGGCUGUUUGGGGCGGCGCUGGUGCUGAGCCUGUCGUGGUGGAUAAUCGUGGCGGGACAAGUCGCGUACAUAUUGAGGAGCCAACGGUGUAAGGAGACGUGGAGGGGAUUAAAGUGGGAGGCGCUGACGGGUGUGGGGGACUUUGUCAAGCUGUCGAUUGGUUCCGCGGUGAUGCUGUGCUUGGAGGCGUGGUACUUUCAGGUACUAGUCUUGGUAGCCGGCUUGCUCCAGGAUCCUCAACUCUCUUUGGAUGCUCUUUCUGUAUGCAUGUCAAUAAAUGGGCUGCUAUUCAUGGUCGCAAUCGGAUUUAAUGCUGCUGCCAGUGUGAGGGUAGGGAAUGAGAUCGGAGCAGGGCACAGCAAGGCUGCGGCGUUCUCGGUGGUUGUGGUGAAUUUGGUGUCCCUGGUGGUGGCGGUGAUCGAGGCUAUGGUGGUGCUGUCGCAGCGCCACGUCAUCAGUUACGUGUUCACCGGCGGUGAAAGAGUGGCGAAUGCAGUGGCGGAUCUCUGUCCUCUCUUAGCAGUCACCCUCAUAUUAAACGGCCUCCAACCGGUCUUGUCUGGAGUGGCGGUGGGGUGUGGAUGGCAGGCAUUUGUGGCAUAUGUGAAUGUAGGUUGCUACUAUGUGGUGGGAAUUCCACUAGGAUGCAUUCUUGGCUUUAAAUUUAAUCUUGGGGUUAAGGGCAUCUGGGGCGGCAUGAUCGGAGGGACGAUGAUGCAAACUUUCAUCCUACUGUGGGUCACUUUCCGUACGGACUGGAAUAAAGAGGUGGAGAAAGCCAAGAAACGUUUGGACAAGUGGCAGGAUAUUAAAGAGCCUCUGCUGGUGAAGGACUAAAAGUGGUUGGACAAGUUUAUGAUGCCUGUGUUUCCAUCAACACCAGAACUGAUGAUACACACCAUAUAUGUAGCUUAAUUAUGCCACUCCUGCUUCAGAAAAUAAAUAAAUGAGAAACGAUGAGUUAUUUUC